AUUCAAAAGAAAAACCUUGCAUUCUUGCGCCACAAGUCCGAAUCACUACGCUAGUACUGGAAAGUAGCUUGAAAUUUACAAUUAAUGGAGUUUUAUGCUGAGGAAGGAAAGAAUUUGAGCUCAGAUAACUCCACGUUGAUUCUGCCGGCGCUAUCGGUAGGAAAUGCAGGGCAACUAGCGGUGGAUCUUCUAGUAGCUUCUUUGAGAGCGGAGAGAAUUGGAUAUUUGGACGAUCCAAAUGUAGUUCCCUGCGUUGGGAAUGACGCCUAUUGGCCUUCUCCGCCCGGUGAACUCGCGCUUCCUCUCGAAGUAUAUGAAUCAUCUCCUGAUGCAUUGGCUCUGGUACAGCAGAGGUCUCCAGUUGUUAAGGGCAUGAUGGUUGAAUUUGCUAGGAACUUGGCGAAUUUUGCUGCUGCCAAUGGGAAGAAACAUGUAAUCGUGCUCUCAGGCUUGGAGUUUGGGCGUUGGCGAAACAUUGAUAUGUCAAGUGGAUUGCAGAUACAUUACCUUUCUAGUUCCAACUCAGAUGGAACAGACGAUCAAUGUGAAAGCCAGGGCUGGAAGAGAUUACCAGAGUAUGAUCCUACGCAGAGAAUGUGGAAGUAUUUAAAUGAUUUAGCCAAAAAUACUGCCUUUGAGGUGGAGGAUUUGCCUUAUGAAGAGCUGGGAGAUGAGGACUACGAUGCCAGUUUGCCUUAUGCUGCGUUGUUCUCUUGUCUUAAGGCCAAAGGUCUGAAGGUCACUUGUCUACUGUGUUAUUGCUCGGAGGGAGACAACAUUCCCGAUGCUUUCAAUUUGGCUGAUGCAGUGUCAAAAGCUCUGGGGCUCCGACCUAAUAGUUCUCAAGGUAAUGAAGGUGGAAGCUGGGUUGUGCCGUUCUCGUGGAAGAGUGUCUAUGGUCCUCCGCCAGAUAUGUCUCUUUUCUAGGCCACUUUGGAGCAGUUUAUAUGUUGCUGUUAUAUCUCUCUAACUCGGUCUUUUUGGCUGUGAUCAAGUGAAAUUUAUGUCUUUGGUUCACUUUUGCUGUACAAGUUUCUAGUUUGAAAGUGUUUGUCAUCACACUUUUGAGGGAAAGAGUAGCUGCGUAAUUUAAACUCUUAA